ACCGGAAUCAGAAGCAUAUCCAUUACCGGGGCCACACCGUUUUAUUAUACUAGCCCCGAAAUUGAAACGUGAAACUGCAUAAAAGUGGGAUCGUAUCACUUCAAAACACUUUGGGUGCAACGCGAAGAUCAGAAGGUUCUUUAGUGUCUGGACCUGCAAGACACAGUCGAACGCUCUCGCGGAGGCCGAGAGGGAACUAAAGGAUUAAGAGAAAGAAAGAGACAAAAGGCACAUUGUUGUGAUUAAGGUGUUUUACCUUCGGUUUUUUGAAGUUUCGGUGAUAUCUGUGAACAUGGCUGCUUAUCGUAAUUCACUUUGGGCUUUACUUAGCGUCGGGUUGUUGCUCGCUGUGAGGGAUGUGACGUCACAAGGUACUGCGGUGGUCUCUACAAACAACGGUAUGCAAAUAUUGGGAGGAACUGAACAACCGGGAGUGACGACUCAGGCGAUGUGCACCAUGAACUGUGGCGGGAAUGGCAACUGUUUUGCCAUUGACUUCGACACUGCAACGACUACCUGUUACUUCCAUACGGCAGCAACUGCGUGUGGCAUGCUCGUUGCGAACGCUAAUGUCAACCAUGUCAAGCUGACCACAUGUCCAGUUCCAGGAACUGGAACCGGCGGUCCUGUUCUGACAGCCGCUUUGCAAGCCAUCCUCAGCCAAUUGUUGCAGGCUGCUAUUGCUAUGCCCAACAAUCCCAUAAUAGCGCCUCUCAUCAACUUGGUGCAAGCGUUGCUCACUGGCGGUAACGUAAUUGCUCCACUAACUGCAUUAUCGCAGGCAAUAAUUAACCUCAAUAUGACGCAACCAGCGCUUCCCGUCAUCCCUGGUCUCCCCGGCUUCCCUGGCAUCCCUGGCUUCCCUGUCCUGCCACCAGUACCUUUUCCUGUUCCACCUGGAGUCCCUCCGUUUUUCGGUGGUAACCCAAAUGUCCCGUUCCGGCCCACUCAGGCGCCCAUCACGGCGCCAAGUACGCCAUCCACCGCGACCACUACUACUACCCCGGCCACGACCACCACAACUGCUUCGACAUUGCCCAUGUUCGUUUUCACGGACAAUCCACAGCCUUUAUCAUGCCUGAGCAACUGCCGUCGACUACCAACGUCGUUCCAGAGCAGGUGUCAGGAACUGUGCAUGAGGAAACGAAAAUAAUACGGAUCUAUGACAAAAUACGGACAGCGACGGGCCAUGUGGCAGAUUUCAUGAAAACACUUUUGGAAACUUAAAGCUACAAAAGAAUUGCCAUCACGAAACAAGCAAGACUUAAGUGGCCUGAGGGCCCACUGUAUUCUAUUUAGACCAACUUUGCACUUUAUCAUUGGAACUGAUAGAUUAUUUGUAUGACAAAUUUAAUUUUUGAUCACUAACAAUGGUGGUGGUGCGUUUAUUAUCAAGAAACAUGUGAGACUUUCCUAAAUUUUGUCAUUGUUUAAUAUACACAAAAGUCGUACACUAGUUAGUUAACUCGUUCUACUAAAUUCAACAUAAACAAAAAGGUAAAUGUGACAAACGCGUAAUUUUCAUGUCAGAGACGUGGUCGACAUUGACAAAUAUGCCCUCGAUAUGCUCUCUACUAGGUCCUUUUUGUCAUUAAGAGCUCCGGGGAAGACCAAAAAGCAAAGGGUCCAUUUUACUCAAGGCGGUUGUUUUUAUUUUGGGAAUUUACUGUAACCAUUUUUCACGCGUCACACUUGAUAUCCUCUCUGCCUUAGAUCGCACUUAGGGAGGGUAAUGAGAGUUUUAGUGAUAAAAGUCUGAGAGAAAAAUAAUUAGAUAUGCUCGAACUUUAGUUCAUCUAUACGGAUUUUGAUAUACCUUUCAUUUUAACCGAUAGAAGAGUAUUUUAAUGAUGUUGUAUAUUUAUAAAAAUAACCUCUUGUAAGGGGUCCAAUGUUGGAGCGUUGUUUAUACGUUGAAAAGCUCAGGUUAGAGGGCACUAGUUGCAAGGGGCGGAUUCAGGCUAUCCAAUUCAUCACGAAUAAAACAAGGAAACAUUUUCAUGACAUCAAAAAAGAAAAAAAAACCGCAGCAGAUUCUUUUCAUUGUCCCUCUCUGCAUUUAAUGUAAAAAUUCACGUGGAGGUAUAAUCUGCCUCUCAAACGUAACCACCUCAAAUGUCAUGUGAUCAGGAAGCGUCUCCCUUUGAUCAGAAAGGGCAAAUCAUCGCCGUAGUCAUGUUUUCUGCUGAACUAUCUUAAAUUGGAUUGUCCCCAGACCCCCUUCAUGGGACAAGUUCAUGACUCUAAGAUUAAAAAUAUAUAUACAUACAGCCUGAAUCAGCCCCUUGUGUUGCGGUUCAAGACAGUUUAAUACGCCAUUUAUACUUUAAACUAUUACCUGUAACUUAAUUAGGGUAGGGGUCAUGUAUCAUUUACUAACACAAUGGUAAAAUGGGUGUCUUGUAAUUAUUUAUUGAUAUGCACAAUUUUAUCUAUUAUAAAGAAAUUUUUAUUUUGAAUGAA